CUACAAAUUCCGCAAUCACUACAUGGUGGAAAUAUUAUUGAUUGCUAUUUUGAUUUAGAUCUCAGUAUUUUAACAAAUGAUUUCGUAAUAUCUGUGAAUUGAAAGUGGCAAAGUUACAAGAUUGCUAAAUAUACUGAUUAUGUAUUAAGAAAUAUUGGACAGGGGUGUGAAAAAUUGUGAGGGUUGAAAUCCAUUUUCAAUGGAGUAUACUGCACAAAACUUAGAAUAUGCUGUGUCAGUUUUCUAUAAUGGGGAGCAAGCAGAACGCGCGCGAGCCCAUUCGUGGCUUACAGCAGCGCAGCGAGUGCCUGAAGCAUGGAACUUCGUCUGGGAACUGCUUCAACCAAACAAGGGGACCGAAAUCCAAUUCUACGCGGCUACGACACUUCACACGAAAAUCCUGCGGUGUUGGGGUGAGGUGCCGCCGGAAAGCCAUGAUGCCCUAAAAGAGAAUAUCCUCGAGGUCAUCCUAGCAUACUCCAAAGGCCCCAAGAUUGUUACUAAUAGACUUUGUAUCAGUUUAGCUGCCUUCAUUCUGCAGCAAGGUACAACAGACUUGGCAGCUAUCUUGAGACCCCUGUCCACAGAAGAAAACACAGCAUUACUCCUUGAAGUUCUUACUGUGAUACCUGAGGAGUAUAAUAGCAUGACGAUGGGGUCGGCGUUGCGUGCGAAAAACCGCGCGGCACUGCAGCAGGCCUGUCCCAGGGUGCUUGACGACAUGCUACGCUGUUUACAAACUGCCUUCAGUGACUACAGUAAAGAAGCGCCAUCAGACGAAGUAGUGCAAGCCUGGGUGACAGCGGCGACUUGCGCCUGCAGCUGGCUGACACUCGGCGGUGAGGACUCACCCGACGGCGGCGGUGGCUCAUUAUCCGAUCGCCUGCCGCUCUGCCGCGCACUAAUGCAAGUCGUGCAGGUGUUGUUUACCUGGAAUGAGGCGGUGAGCGACGUGGCCUUAGACGCGUGCGAGUCAUGCUUGUCGGGCGUUCGCGCGGCCGGCGGCAACUCCGGCGCAGCCAAGUUCCCCGCCGCCGGACUGCAGCUUGUCACCGAGCUGGCAGAGCUCGCCACACCCAUCAUGCAGCGAGAUAAUGUACCUAACUCCAUCAACGAGGAGCUCCUGUCAGCGUUAAUAACCUGCUGUGUAUGUAUUUGUGAGUGCCACGCGUCGACGAUAGUGCGCGCAGCGGAAGGCUCUGAAGAAGCGGCACGCCACGAAGGAGCGCUGAAGUUGUUACAUAUACUUUUGGAAGCGCAGGCCGCGCCCGGACACUACCCACUGCACGAGACCCGGUCCAACCUUGUCUUUGGUGCCUGGUAUACCAUACAGGACGAGGUGUUAAACUUAAUGGAGAAUUCUCCAAUACAAGAGAGGCACAAGAAGAACGCGGUGUGGCGCUGCCUGUUCUCGCGGCUGCUUACGGUGCUGGUGACAAAAUCGGAGGCCAAUGAGCAGGAGCUCUCGCGAGACGAUCAAGAAAUGCUGCGCUGCUAUCGGCAGGACAUCGCCGAUACUGUCAUGUACUGCUGCGGUAUUCUCGGCGACUGGUGCUGGACUACAGUGGAAUCUGCAUUCAACGCAAGCGACACAGACGUGCGUCGCGAAGCCGCGCUUCACAUCUUCCUAGCGCUGGCGGACGCCGCGCCGCACCAACGUGCUCCAGAGCCGUUGGUCCGGAUGCUUCGACACGCCGUCGACAUUGCUAACACGUCCGAUAAUAAAAGGCUACUGCAUACUGCGCUAGAUUGUUUAGGCGGCUACGCGGCGUGGCUGGGUGCGGCCGAGGGCGGGUCGAGCGCUGGGCUGGGCGCCAUGUGCGUGCGCGCAGCGGGAGCGGCGCUGCCCCGCGCCGCCGCCGAGGCCGCGCUGGCGCUGCGCAAGCUGUGCGCCGACUGCGCCGCGCCCGCGGCCGACCUCGUGGCGCACGUCGUCCGCGCCGCACAGAGCCCAGUGGGGCGUUCAGACUCGUGGGUGCGGCGGCAGCUGCUGGGAGCGGCCGGAUUUUCUUUGUCGGCCGCUGAACUGGCCGAAUCGAUGCCGCUGCUGCUCGAGCUCGCUGCCAUGAUCGAACAAGAUUUAAGGGCACAGGCGUCGGACCCUACGCGGCUGUCGGGCGCGGCAGAGUGCACGGCGUCGUUGAUGGCGACUCUGGGCCCAAAGCCGGAACUGGCCGGCACUUUGCUGCGCGUCAUCAUCCCUACUUUGCCCGCCUUCGCACAACACGAAAACCUUGUCGAGCCAAUGUACAAUAUACUAAGGCAAAUGGUCUCGACGUUAAUGGACGACUGCAUGCCCUUCGUGACGGAGAUCGCGCAACUCACCAUCGCGGGAUUUAACACGCGCCCCUGCCCAGCGGGACUUGAUGUCGUUAAAUUGUUAGUGAUACUUCUCGGUGGUGAAUGGCCGGACAUGGGCAGACUUCUCAAAGCGUGUGUGUCGGCAACGGCGCAAAUUGUCGCCGCCGAUCCUUCGGGCUGCCCAGAACUCACAGAGGGCCUCUUCGCGCUACUGUAUAACGUCACUAAGAAGAAGCCUUUGUACAUUGAUUGGAUUGACGAUGUUUUGCCUCAACUUGUCGAGUUGGCGUGCAACUGCGUGCGCAUGUGGGAGGCGGGCGCGGCGCGCGCGGCGUGCAACUGGCUGGCGGUGCUGGCCGCGCAGAGGCCGUCGGCGCUGCAGCCACAGGCCGCCGCCCUCACUGCCGCCGCACUGCGCUGUAUCGGCGGAGCGACUCCCCGCAACCAAAUCGAGCCCCUAGCGGAGCUGCUACUGGCGCUGAACCGCGCCACGUGGGCCUUGGCUGCGGGCAACCUUGCCGCGUGGCUGCGAGCUGCACUCGCCGUCAACGGGUUCCCCACCGUGCACGCCACGGACAGCCACAAGCAAAAGUUCAUCGCCGCCGUCCUCAAGUCAGUAUCGUAAUUUUUCAUAGUUCCA